AUGUUAAGUAAUUUAUUUUUAAUUUCUUUUACAAUUUUUGUUUUAAAUAAUAAUUUUGUUUUAUCUGUUGAUGAAAAGAUAGAAAAAACAGAAUUUAAACGUUUAGAAUUACCUGAAGAAAAAUUAACUACACCAGAAAUAAUUAAAUAUUAUGGAUAUAAAUGUGAAAUACAUAAAGUUACAACAAAAGAUGGAUAUAUUUUGGAAAUGCACAGAAUUCCUUUUGGGCGUAAUUUGAAUGAAAAUGAAGAGAAUUCAAAGCAGAAAAAGCCUGUAGUUUAUCUUCAACAUGGAUUGUUAGCAUCUAGUUUUGAUUGGGUAGCAAAUUUGCCCAAUCAAUCAUUGGGAUUUAUUUUAGCAGAUGCUGGAUAUGAUGUUUGGAUGGGAAAUGUUAGAGGGAAUGUCUACUCAUCAAAACACGAAAAAAGCUUUUUAGGAAAGGACGAAUACUGGAAAUUUACUUGGGAUGAAAUGGCAUCAAUUGAUUUGCCUGCAAUGGUAGACAAGGCUUUAGAAAUUAGUGGACAGCCUAAAUUAUUUUAUGUUGGCCACAGUCAGGGGACUUUAAUUAUGUUUGCACAACUGGCUAAUGACAAUAAAGAAUUUAAAAAUAAAAUUAUCAAAUAUUUUGCUUUAGCCCCCGUCGCUACUAUUAAACACAUGAAAGGCCUAAUUUCUGUAUCAGGCAAUUUAUUUGGAAAAAGUUUUGAUCUUCUUAACAAGCAUUUUGGUUCUCAUGAAUUUAUGCCAAGUAAUUGGGCAUCCCAAUUAUUUGCCCAAAUACUUUGCAGUCCAAUUAUGAGUAAAUCAAUUUGUGAUAAUAUUAUGUUUUUAAUUGGUGGGACUGACAAUUCUCAAUUAAAUGAAACUCGUAUUGUUGUUUAUACAAAACACGAACCUGCAGGAACUUCAACAAGAAAUAUUGCUCACUGGACACAAAUGCAACAAACGGGGCUUGUACAGAAAUUUGAUUAUGGAACAGAAAAGGAAAAUAAAUUAAUUUAUGGACAAAACAAACCUCCAAUCUAUAAUUUAACAAAUAUAAAUUCAGUACCUAUUUAUUUAUAUUAUAGUGAUUCUGAUUGGUUAGCAACAAAUCAAGAUGUUGAAGAAACAAUAAUUAAACAAAUUCCAAAAGAAAAUAUUAAAGUAAAGAAAUUACCCAAUUUUAAUCAUUUUGAUUUUAUUUGGGGUAUGAAUGCACCAGAGAAAAUUUAUAAAGAAAUGAUUGAAGAAAUUAAAGGAAAUUAA